UUGAUGAGCUUUUACAACGCAUGAGUUCUUAACGACUACUGUUUAGAUCUGUACGACGAUAUUCUGCAAAUAAUAACGCUGCGUUAUUUUCGUCAGCGAAUCUUCAACUCUUAUUACAAGAAUGGGCUCCGAGGUGAAUUAUGACAAAAUUGGAGAAGAACUUGAGAAACAAGAACUCGAUGCUCCGAAUGGUGUGCCACCAUCCCAUGUUUAUGAACAACUGCUGACCAUUUAUUUGCUACAGAAUGAUUUAACUGGAGCCAAAUUUCUUUGGAAACGUAUUCCUGCUAGUACUAAGUCUGCUACCCCUGAGUUGGCAUUAAUAUGGGAAGUUGGUCAGCAUUUAUGGAAAAGAGAUUUACCUGGUGUUUAUUCUGCAUUAAAUCAAGACUGGUCUCCUACUGUUAAGGACAUGAUGAAAGCUCUACAUGAUAAUGUCCGACAGAGAGCAAUAGAUUUAGUUGCUCGGGCAUAUACAUCAAUAAGUGCUGAUGAUUUUGCUCAGCUGUUUGGUGCAAAUGUGGAGGAAGCUGUAUUGGGUGCCAAAGGAUUUGGAUGGGGUUAUGAUGAACCAACCCAUAUGAUUCUGCCUAGUCCAAGAGUACCACCACCCCAUACUCCCACACCAUCUGAAGAACAACUUCGAAGACUAGCUGAUUAUGUUUCUUUCCUUGAAAAUUAAAGAUUUUGUGUAAAAUAUCCUUUCAAUUUUUUUUAUUUAUUAAUAUCGUGAGGAUGAAUUGAUUUUCAGGAGUACUAAUGUAAAAUUCUCAUAUGUUUGUGAAUUAUCCUUAGCUUACAAUAAGUGUCAUUCAGAUAAGUUUAUUACUGUAUGGUGUUAUCCCAUUUUCAUUUUAUGGAAACUGAAGUAUUUUGACUGUUGAUAUGGUUAUGUCCUCUUGAAAAUUACUUUUUAUAUUGAAAUAAAAUCAUAAUUGUAUCAAA